AUGGCCGACAUGACCCAGGUUCCCAUCAAUGGCAACUACCCUGCCCAUGGCUACCCCGACUCCUUCAACCACGCCUCUGUUACCAUGAACACUGCGGCAAGCUUCCAGCCUGCCCAGUCCUCCACUCCUACCACUGUCACUCCCACCGACCAGCAGAAGAAUGAGAUCUCCAAGGAUGAGGUGGGCUGGUACUUCGUCGAGCAGUACUAUACCACCAUGAGCCGCAACCCCGACAAGCUGCACCUCUUCUACUCCCGGCGAUCUCAGUUGGUCUUCGGCACUGAGGCCGAGUCCGUUCCCGUCACUGUCGGCACCAAGGCUAUCAACGAUAAGAUUAAGCAGCUGGACUUCCAGGAGUGCAAGGUGCGCGUCCUGAACGUCGACUCUCAGGCCUCUUUCGACAACAUCCUGGUCUCCGUUAUUGGCGAGAUCUCCAACAAGUCCGAGCCCUCCCGCAAGUUCGUGCAGACCUUUGUUCUCGCUGAGCAGCCCAAUGGUUACUAUGUUCUCAACGACAUCUUCCGUUACAUGGUUGAUGAAGAGGAGGAGAUCGCUGCUGAGCCCCCCACCCCGGCUGCGCCUGCUACCGAGACCCCCAAGGCCGUCGAGGCUCCCGUUGAGGAGACCCAGGUGACCGACGAAGUGGCUGCCACCAAGGUUGAUGAGAAGCUUGAGGAGGCUGAGGCCAACGGAGAGGUUGAGCAGCUCGGAGAGCCUGCCCCUCAGACCAACGGUAUCCCGGCUGUUGAGGAGACCCCCGCUCCCGCUCCCGCUCCGGCCGUCGAAGCUGAGGUCGUAAACGAUGAGAAGCCUGCCACUCCUGAGCCUUCUCCCAUUCCCGAGGAGAAAGAGGUUCCCGAGAAGGACACUGCCCCCACCCCUGCUGUUCCCAAGACUUGGGCCAGCAUCGCACUCGCUGGCAAGGGCCCCGCCAAGGCUGCUGCUGCGGCUGCCGCCGCGGCGGCCCCGGCUGCUCCGGCUGCUCCCAAGGCUGCCGCUCCCGCUGCUCAGGCUCCCGCUGCUCAGCCCGCUGCUGCUUCCCCCGCCCCCGAGGCUGCCCGUCCCCAGGAGACUGGCUCCACUGAUGCGGGAUGGCAAACCGCUGGCCAUGACCACAAGAAGUCCCAGCCCCGUGCUGGCGAGGAGCAGACCACCCUUGCUUAUAUCAAGAAUGUCAACGAGAAGGUCGACGCCAGCCUGCUUAAGCAGACUCUGGCCCGUUUCGGCAAGCUGAAGUACUUCGACGUCAGCCGCCCCAAGAACUGCGCUUUCGUUGAGUUCGAGCAGGCCUCUGGCUACGCUGCUGCUGUUGCCGCCAACCCCCACCAGAUUGGCAGCGAGCAGAUCCUCGUUGAGGAGCGCCGCCCCCGUGGCAACGCCUUCGGCGGUAACAGCUUCCCCGCUGGCCGUGGCUCCGGCCGUGGUCGUGGUGACCGUGCCGGCAGCCAGGGCCGUGGUGGCUUCCAGCGCGACGGCCGUGGAGGUUUCGCUCCCCGUGGCCGCGGUGGCAGCGGCAACGUUGCCGCCAAGGGCCGUAGCCAGGCUCAGGCUGCUUAA